UCCGCUCCCCCAGCGCUCGCCGCCGCCGCCGCCGCCGACUGCUGCCUCCGCGCGGACCGUGGAGCGGGGUCGCAGCCGCCCGACCGCCCUGCGGUGGGCCAGGAUGUCGGGCUUCUUGGAGGAGCUGCUCGGCGAGAAGCUGGUGACGGGCGGCGGCGAGGAGGUGGACGUGCACUCGCUGGGCGCCCGCGGCAUCUCGCUGCUGGGUCUCUACUUCGGCUGCAGCCUCAGCGCCCCCUGCGCGCAGCUCAGCGCCAGCCUGGCCGCCUUCUACGGGCGCCUGCGGGGGGACGCGGCGGCCGGGCCGGGGCCGGGGGCGGGGGCCGGGGCGGCGGCGGAGCCCGAGCCGCGGCGGCGCCUGGAGAUCGUCUUCGUGUCCUCGGACCAGGACCAGCGGCAGUGGCAGGACUUCGUGCGGGACAUGCCGUGGCUGGCGCUGCCCUACAAGGAGAAGCACAGGAAGCUCAAACUUUGGAACAAAUACCGAAUUUCCAACAUUCCAUCGCUAAUAUUCCUCGACGCCACCACUGGGAAGGUUGUGUGCAGGAACGGGCUGCUGGUGAUCCGAGAUGACCCAGAAGGUCUGGAGUUCCCCUGGGGGCCUAAACCCUUCCGGGAAGUCAUUGCAGGGCCCUUGCUUCGAAAUAACGGGCAGUCCCUGGAGAGCAGCAGCCUGGAGGGGUCUCACGUGGGCGUCUACUUCUCCGCACACUGGUGUCCGCCCUGCCGAAGCCUCACCCGGGUCCUGGUGGAGUCCUACCGGAAGAUCAAGGAGGCCGGCCAGAGCUUCGAGAUCAUCUUCGUUAGUGCAGACAGGUCGGAGGAGUCCUUCAAACAGUACUUCAGUGAGAUGCCCUGGCUCGCCGUCCCCUACACUGACGAGGCCCGGCGGUCACGCCUCAACCGGCUGUACGGAAUCCAAGGCAUCCCCACGCUCAUCGUGCUGGACCCGCAGGGCGAGGUGAUCACGCGGCAGGGGCGGGUGGAGGUGCUGAACGACGAGGACUGCCGGGAGUUCCCCUGGCACCCCAAACCCGUGCUGGAGCUCUCCGACUCCAACGCCACGCAGCUCAACGAGGGCCCCUGCCUCGUCCUUUUUGUAGAUUCUGAGGAUGACGGAGAGUCCGAGGCAGCCAAGCAGCUGAUUCAGCCAAUAGCUGAGAAAAUCAUUGCCAAGUACAAAGCCAAAGAGGAGGAGGCGCCGCUUCUGUUCUUCGUCGCUGGGGAGGAUGACAUGACUGACUCCCUGCGAGAUUACACCAACCUGCCUGAGGCGGCCCCUUUGCUCACCAUCCUGGACAUGUCGGCCCGGGCCAAGUACGUGAUGGACGUGGAGGAGAUCACCCCCGCCAUCGUGGAGGCCUUUGUGAAUGACUUCCUAGCAGAGAAGCUCAAACCGGAGCCCAUCUAGCGUGGCUCCGGCCUCCUGAGACGUUAUUUAAAACUCAGCCUUCUCCUCCUCCUCCCCCUCCUUCCCUCCGCCCUCGGACUUACCCAGCGUGCCCCGAAUCACACCACCCAAGUGUCCAGCCUCUCUGUGGUGCCUUGUUUCUGCAUUAAACUCCUCAGCCAGCGCCCCGGGGUGCGGAAUCCAGCAGCGGCAGAAUCCACCGUGUUUGGGAGCGUGGGGUGGCUGGGGGCAUGGCCCGGCCAGAGUGGGGGCUGCGUCACUCUCGCAAAGUCACUUGCUUUUGGUGAAAGAUUUGCCAGGGUGUUCCAGGGCAGAGUGAGCGUGGAGGGCCAGUGGCCCCCACUCGGGCUGGGACUCGGGCAUCGGCACCCACAGAGCCCCGGACGGCCAGAGGGGAACCUCCGGGGGACACCUGUGUGGAGGCAGAGCUGAGAAAGGGCCUGAGCCUCAGUGGGCCUCAGCUUAGAGCUGCGGUGAGAACAUCCUUUUCUAAGCGACACAGUCUUUCUUGGUCUGAGAGAAAAGCAGCCCACUCGUGUGUUCUCGGGCAGGGGAUCUCCAAACGCAAAAGGAAGCUUGUGGAGGUUUUUUGGGUGAGAAAAAAAAAUGUAGCUAAGGUAAUGGUUCGUAUAGUAACGGCUAAUGUUUAUGGAGCUCCCGCCUCCUGAUGAGAGCUCCUCAUUCUUUUCUUCCUUGACCUUGAAGUCUCUGCCUGCUCAUACAAAGAGCUCCCACCAUCUUGGAAUUCUGAUAACGAAUCCUUCUCUUUGGGCAUCUUCCCAAGAAACUUAGCCCUGAGUCCUAGGAGGAGCACCUCUGAACCAGCACAGACCUCUGACUCCACCCAGCUCUGUGCCCGAGGCCCCGAUCUCUGGUGAGGUGCCCACGCCCACAUUUGAUCACCCCUGCCAUUGCCUUUUUUCUUUUUUCUUUUGAGAUGGAGUCUUGCUCUGUCGCCCAGGCUGGAGGGCAGUGGCAUGAUCUCGGCUCACUGCAACCUCCGCCCCCAAGGUUCGAGUGAUUCUUCUGCCUCAGUCUCUGGAGUACCUGGGAUCACAGGCGAGCGCCACUGGACCUGGCUAAUUUGUGUAUUUUUAGUAGAGGCAGGGUUUCACCAUGUUGGUCAGGCUGGUCUCAAACUCCUGACCUCAGGUGAUCCACCCGCCUUGGCCUCCCAAAGUGCUGGGAUUACAGGCGUGAGCCACCGCACCCGGCCCGCUUUUCAAAGCAGAACUACAAAGAUGAGAAAUUACCAGAAGCCUCGCCUUUUCCUAAGCACCAGCAGAAAGAGCUGUGCCCUAGGGUGGAGUGAGGGUGGAGGGCGUGUCAGCCACGAGUGGACCUUGUAUCGCCUUUGCUAGGCCCAGGUAGGUUGUUGGCCUCUUACUUGGGCUGACUUGACCACCGAGAGGGAAAAAAACAACUCUGUUGUCAGGACUGGGGACGGACGGCUUCGGCCGAGCCUUUGAGCCUGGCUCACUCAGGUGUCAGGGACUUGAAACCGCCCUGGGCCUUACCCUUGGCCCCACUCAGCACUCUGCCAACCAAGACCACUGAUGUGGAAAACCCAGUCCCCACCCCCUCAUGAGCUGUUGACACUGUUGUUCCUUGCUGAAUUGGAUUGUUGAUUUGUAGUUCAGAGGCGUACAGCGAGUUGGCGAUUAGACGUUAUGUGACGUUACCAGCCUGAAAUGCGAUCACCCAGUAGGAAAUAAAGCAGGCAUCUCUGGACCUUA